AUGUCGUCCUCAAAUUCUCCUUGCGCUGCGUGUAAGUUCUUACGUCGGAAAUGCACUCAAGAAUGCGUGUUUGCCCCGUAUUUCCCGCCGGAUCAGCCUGUAAAAUUCGCGAAUGUACACAAAGUCUUCGGAGCAAGCAAUGUCGCUAAAAUCCUCAACGAGCUCAACGCUAGCCAAAGAGAAGACGCCGUGAAUUCGUUAGCAUAUGAGGCGGAGGCGCGUCUCCGGGAUCCUGUUUACGGUUGCGUCGGAUUAAUCUCCAUCCUCCAGACACGAUUGAAACAAGUCCAGACCGAUUUACUAAUCGCGAAACAGGAAUUGUGCACUUACAUCGGUGGACAGUCUCCGGCGAUGCUGCCGUGUUUAAACCCAGGGUUUAUACAACAAUAUCAAAAUAUGCUACCGUCGCCGGCGACUGUGGCGGCGAUGGCGUCGGGAGGACCUGGUAUGCAUCCUAACAUCCAGCAGAUGUUAACGCUUCAAGGUCCAGGAAAUCUCCGAGAUGCUCAACAUCAACAACAACAAUUAUAUGAAGCUCAUCAACGUCAAAUGGUAGAAGCUGCUAGAGAACAGGAGAUGUUAAGAAAUUUAGAGCAUCAACAACGUGUACAACAACAACAAUUACAACAGCAACACCAAUCGGCGGAUUUGAUGAGGUUUAACUCCGGUUUUGACGCCGCCGGACCUUCUGGACAGCCGGCGGUGAAUCCGAACGGGUAUACGCAGUUAACCGGUCCGGCGACCAUGUCUCCGUCGUUAGCUCUCGGUGGCGCUUAUGACAAUAACAUGUAUCAGAUCCAGCACCACCGACAACCGCAGCCGGAGCACGAACAGCAUCAUCAACUACAGCACCAGAACCACCAACAACCACCGCAUGAACACCAUCAACAACUACAGCUCCUCCCUCAUCACCUCAUGCUUCAACACCAACCUCAGCCACCGCAACAACCAGCGGCGCCACCACAUCAUGGAGACGGAAUACUCCAGCAAUCAUUCUUGUUCUCUCACACGGGAUUAUAAACGUACAAAGUCAAAGGAGAGGUUUGACCGAUGGUAUUAUUUGUCUUUCUACAAUUUAGUAUUUUAGGUGAUUUGGACAUAAAGAUUUUGACUGCAUCAUGGGGAUUUUAAAAGGGUAGCGUAUUGAGUAGAAAUUCUGAAUACAUUUUUUUUUUUAGAAUAUGACUCUUUGAGUCUUUGCUUUGGUUUCUACAAUUCAACAAGUAAUUCUAGGGUUUCUGAUUUCCUUCGAAUAUACACAAAGGAGUGAGGGGCUCAACUUGUUCAUGUUAGUUAAAAAAAUGGAAAUUUUUAUUGGUUAUAUAAAAU